ACAAAAUAACAAAUUGUAACAGCACAGCUGUGUUAUCCAGUCAGUGCAGAAGUCAAUGCAAGUAGGUGUCUAAUACAAAAAUGUCAUUUACGUACUAAUAGGUAUAUUGCAAUAUUAACAAUUGCUCAUUGUGACGCCAAAUGACGCAAUAAUUAUAAACCAGACGUAGAAAUAACGUAUGUAUACCACACCUUUAAAAAGAAAUAGCAACAGCUGCGUUUUCACUUACUUUUUAUACAAGCCACUGAAAAUGGGUUGUUCAUUCAGACAUCCAACUGAUCAUGACGCUACAAGUCACUGGAGCAGAAGGCAGUCUACUGACCGUCAAGACAAACGGCUUCUUACAGUUGAAUUAGGCCUUAUGUCAACGUUUGGACCGUGGAGAACACUAGGGUCCUAUGGAUCAAGAUUUCACAGUACCAAAACGCACCUACCUAGAACAAACAAGCAUCUGCAAAUACAUAACAUGGAAAGAAUAGGAAUGCUUUCAAAUCCUUUACAACAGAAAGACAGUCCUUUUGAUCCCACUUUUCGCCCCAUGAGUUGGGAAGAGCUAGCUCCAUACAAACGAGUUGAAUUACUUGAGACAAUCCCAGAAGAAAGUCUUGAAGAAAUUGAAUUACUUAAAUCAGAGAACUUGGAAACACAUCAAGAGCAGAACACACACACAAGACUGCUACAAAGUAGUUACAGCUCUGGAACACCGGAGAAAAAUUUGGGUGUUGUGAAUUGAAAGCAGAAACCUAACAAUAAAGUUAUUUUACGUGAUCACUAAAAAAUAAUUGCACACCAAUGUCAUGGUGAUGACUAUGAUGAAAAUGAUAUGAGAGCGCAGCAUUUUCUAC